CUAUGAGUCGGUGUUAUUAACUUUUAAUAGCGCGAUUCAGAUUUUUUAAACCGACUUCAAUUUCAUAGAAGGAGGAGGUUCUGUAUUCGGUUGUGGUUAUUAUUAUUAUUCUCCGAUUACUCCGACACCCGUGAUCCGAUUUUAGUACUUAAUUCUUUUUUUGUUUGAAUGGAGUUACCUCCAAGUUGGUCCCAUUUUAAUUUGGUUCUGAUCUGAUGAUGGGAUCCAUGAGGAAUUGAGGGAACUCCUUAUUUUUUAAAGGCUCGUGUAUGGUGAUUUGGGUGUUUUCUUAAGCAACUCGAGCAUUUUCUUCGGUCACCAGUUUGAUGGUUCGAGUGAUAAGAAAAAGAUGAUACACCCACGAAUUUAAAGAUUAAAUUCAAAAGAACCUUAGAUUCUUGGAAUUGCGUCUUGGUACAUAUCGGUACAUGUACCUAACUAUUUAAAAUCUAUUCCCAUCGAAGAUAUAUUAUAGAUACACCUUCCCUUGGGUAGGGUAGGUAGUUCCGGUUCAUUUCUAAAACUAAUUUUCCUACAACUGUCGGAAACAUUAACUAGCGAAAAGAAAAUUUUGUGAAACAUUUCCGAUUGGUACCGACAACAUCCACACUUCGGAACUCUAUUUCGGAAAGUGCAUAAUGUUAUUCUUACAUAAUUACCCGUCUCGGUCAAGUAGAUACGUCGUGUAAUGUAAAUAACAACCUUUGCUUUCCGACACGCACUUACCCAAAUUUAUCAAUCAGGUGAUUGUGCGUAUUAGAUUAGAUUGUAAAAAUAUUAGACAUCUUGCGCAUUCAGUAGCAGUUCAUGAAGCGGCGCGCACGCAGCAUGGCGCACGACUUGAACAGCAAGGUCGCGCUUGUAACGGGCGCCGCUAACGGCGUGGGCGCAGGGAUGGUGAGGCUGCUGCUGGCUGAAGGAGCGAAGCACGUCGCCAUUCUGGACAUCGAUGAGACUAGAGGAACAGCGUUCCAAAACGAAUUAAACGCUGAAUAUGGCGCCAAUAAGAGCAAGUUCUACCAGUGCGACGUCACGAACGACGAUCAGCUGUUCGCAGCGUUCCAGUCCGUCGUAGUGGGCCAUGGGGGCCUCGACCUGGUAGUCAAUAAUGCUGGCAUCAUGAACGAUGCCCCACACGUGUAUAAGAAAGAAAUUUCGAUUAACGUGACUGCUCUGAUCACCAGCACCUUGAAAGCCCUAGAGCUGAUGCGUAUAGACGAAGGCGGUAAAGGUGGUACCGUCAUCAACAUAGCUUCUAUCGCCGGCCUUUGCCAGAGGUCCGUCAUGCCCAUCUACUGGGCCACCAAGGCAGCUGUUAUCCAGUUCAGCAACUGUAUAGGCAAAGAGGACUACUACGAGAAGACGGGCGUCCGCGUCCUGGCAAUGUGUUUUGGAGCCACCGACACUAGUCUCCUCAGCGGUCAGAAGCUAGGAUCGCUCGACAAGAACGUGGAUGGCGAAAGCGUCUCCAACGUAAUUCACGAAUUCCCUUUACAACGGAUGGAAUCAGCAGCCCAGGGUGUGAUCGAUGCGUACAAGAAAGGCUCCAGUGGAAGCACCUGGGUCGCUACUCGGGACCUCCCCGCCAAGGACAUAACAGACAACGUCAAUAGGGCUUAUGAGAUCUUCGGCGAACAUAUUUGAUCGCAUCUAUAGCGAGCUGCAAAAUUGCAUGGACGCAUUGUGAAAGGAAUUUAUUCAUAAAGUGGCCAUGCCCUUUUGCAGCUGGGUGUACAUAUAUGUAGGUAAGCAAUCAAAUCAGUGGGGUUCGUAAAUUCAAAUUAGUUAAAUACAGUGAAAAAAAAACCGGAAAUUU